AUGGGUACUUCAUCUCCAGCGGUGGUGGACGUGUUCCGGUGUAUCGAAUCAAUCGAGAAACGCCGUAGUGAGGUCGGCACCAAGGGGAGCGGCGAGAGCGGUGCCAAGGAUGAGGGUAGGCGAGGCAAGCGUCGUUCGCAGGCAGCCGACAGGGCGCUGCGAGAGCGGUACUACGCCGUGCUGCAAAGAAAGGACAGGUCGUCGCUGUCGGAAAGGAUCAAAACCUUGCGAAGGAUGGUUCUAGCUCAAGGCCUUCCCGGCGAUGUUUUGGAACACUGCACAACCCCGACAUCGGGCAGCAGUGGCGCCGAACACCGGAACGGACAGGAGCGGAAGCAGCAGCAGCCCGGACGGAGGGGAGCGCGGGGCAGCAGCGGCGGCGGCGGCGGCGGGGGCAGCGCCACAAGCGGUGGCGGCGGCUGUGGCGGCUUCACGAGUGGGGGCAGCGGGACGAGCGGUACGGUGUCCGUCCCGGCGGACCCGGGGGAGGAUCACCAGUGCUCCCUCCGUGGCCUGGUGUGGAAGGUCCUCCUCGGCACGAUCCACACGGACUCGAUGCUCUACAUCCGGCUGGUGGCCAAGGGACCGUCCUCCGAGGACGUAAAGAUCAGGGAGGACACCUUCCGGACGUUCCCGCGGGACGAGGAGUUCCGAAGGAGGGUGCACGAGGACAAGCUCUCCCGCAUCAACAACGCCUACGUGAGGCUGAACCACCCGGACGGCGGGGCACCGGUCGCGGCGACGGCAGCGGCGGAUACUGCAAGGCGUGGGUCGGAGGGACGGGGGCGAGAGGGGAGCGGUAGCAACGACAAACACGGCGGCGAGGAACACCCUCCAAAAUCGGAAGACGUGCCUCGAUGUUCAAACUCGUCGAUUGUGGAUAAGGAAGGGGCCGGGGCUGAGGCGGGCGGGGCUGCUCCCGCGACCGGGGGCGCGACCGGGGAAGGGGAGGAGCGAGUAGGGGACGGGGGGAAAGGGUUGUACGUGCAGGGAAUGAUGGUGCUGUGCGCGCCCCUGCUGUUUGUGAUGCCGGAAGUGGACGCGUUCUACUGCUUCAACUCUCUGUUGAAUCAGCACAUGCCCAGGUACGUGGCGGCGAACCUCGACGGCGUGCACGCCGGCUGCGCCCUGGUGGACCGGGUGCUGAGCAUGGUCGACCCCGUGCUGUUCAACUACCUCGAGAGCAAGUUCCUCACGGCCAACAUCUACGCCUUCCCGCUGGUGAUGAGCCUGCACGCCUGCGUGCCCCCCCUGGAGGAGGCGGUCAAGCUGUGGGACGCGGUGUUUUCGUUCGGCGUGCACCUCGAGGUCCUCAUCUGCGUCGCUCAGCAUCCACGAGUUGUGCAAGACGUGGGGGUGAGGGCGGGUGGGUGCAGGCGGAAUCCUUCACUGACGACCACCAUGCAGACUGCAACAAAGUUGUUUUCAGAGCUUCCAACUCCUGUGUAAUUUUUGCUCGCCACGGCAUGAGGACAUGGCAUCUAGUACUGAGGUAGCGAUAGCUUGGAGAAGGCUGUUUUGGAAGCCAGGAAAAACACGGCGAGCUCCUGCAUGAUAGAGAUUCGCAACAUGCAAAAACAUCGACCACCUGCGCAAAGCAGCCGGUUCGGACGGAGACCCUUCACUUCGGUAGAACUGCAACACUGAAUUUGUGUCGCCCACGGUAGCUCUCCUACUAUAAUAGUGUACGCUUCAAUCCUGCCCCCCCCCCCCCUCAUUCCCGAUGCCGAAAAUAAAAAUGCAAUGGAGUUGAAUCGUAAACUUACCUGAACGGUAAAAAAUUACAACCGUCCAACGAAAUCCUCGUUUGGGAAACGGAUCAAAACUGGGCACGAUCACCCUAUUUAACAGGAACGAGAGGGAACACACCGAAAGCAAAUCAAAUCGAAUCGAGGGGGGAGAAUAGAAAGGUGGCCCGCGGCUCUAUGGAUCUGUCCGGACCAUGGUUGCCGUUCGCGCAGUCACAAGGACCAAACACUUUGGAAGAAACACCUGUCCCGGCCCGCUAGGCCAGAGGUUGACCAAGCCUGAACGUAAAGGCCGGCGUUUUUGUCGUGCACCGACGUGCAACACAUUCAUCUUGUAAAUGCGUUUUUCUUCCCCGGCCCUAUCUUAUGCCCUACAUGUACGUUUACCCAGGGAGGCGCUUGCAAAGUUCGCCACACAAGCUGACCAAACACACAGAUCCCCUCUUUGCCAAAGAAAAAAAAAAAAGUAGGUGAGAAAAGAGGGCUCCCCCCAGCCCCCCGCAUCGCACGCCUGUUCUCCCUCUGGAACACCCGCUG